CUUCCGCCUGUCGCUCGUCGUCGAACGUUCACACCAAAGCUCUCUCAAACAGAGAGACUGGCCAUAUACAUAACCUACAAACAGCACCCUCCAGUCUCGUCCGCCUUCUCCACAAACAGUCCACCUCGCCCCGACCCCCACACAUGUUCCGCCCAUCCUUCCUCCCACACCAACCCUCACGGUUACGCCGGCUAGGCCUACUAACAACAUCCGCCCUGCUCGGAGUCGCCGCGCUAGAUACCUAUGCUUACGACAGGACGUUGCAGAGGAAUAUAAGGACGCUGGUCGCCGGUGCGAUUGUUACCGCAGACUAUAAAUGGAACUUUGUGCCGGGGAACGCGGAGAAUAUUGAGAAACUGCAUGAGAGGACCGCGGAGAGGAUACUCGAUGUUUGUAAAACUAAUGGCGGGCUGUAUAUAAAAUUCGGGCAACAAAUCGCCGCCGUCCCCGUCCUCCCGCCCGCCUACCUCCGUUUCCGCACCCUCUUCGACGACGCGCCGGCCGUCCCCUACUCCGCCGUCCGGAAGAUCAUCCACGCCGAUUUUGGUAAAGAGCCCGAAGAGAUCUUUGCGUCUUUUGAUGAGGAACCGAUUGCUGCUGCGUCGAUUGCGCAGGUUCAUCGCGCGACGUUGAGGGAUGGGACGCCGGUUGCGGUGAAGGUGCAGAAACCGGAGAUCAGGAGACAGAUUGGGUUUGAUUUGAUGACGUAUAAGUUUCUGUGUCGGGCCUUGGAGUUCUUUUUUGAUUUGCCUUUAACAUGGCAAGCAAACUACAUCGCAAGCCACCUACAACUCGAAACCGACUUCAUCAACGAGGGCCGCAACGCCGAGCUCGCCGCGCACAACCUCGCCUCUGCGCCCGACAAUCUCAACGAGCGCGUGCAUAUACCCAAAGUGUACUGGGAUGAAAGCUCCAAGAGGGUGUUGACGACGGAGUGGAUUGAGGGGUUGAGGUUUACGAGCAGUGCGGAGGAGAUGAUGAGGAGGGGGUGGAGCCCGAAGGGGGUUAUGAGGACUGUUGUGGAGGUUUCUGCUGAUCAAAUCUUCCGAUCCGGCUUCGUCCACGCCGACCCGCACCCAGGCAACAUCAUCAUCCGCCCACACCCCUCUCACCCCGCCUCCGCUCAAAUCGUCCUCCUCGACCACGGCCUCUACGUCCACUGCACGCCGACCUUCACGCACGACUACGCCCUCUUCUGGAAAUCCAUCUUUACCGGCGACAUCACGACCCUCACCUCCAUCGCCUCGCAAUGGGGCAUCAAGGACGUGCGCAUGUUUGCGAGCGCGACGAUCCAGAGACCGUGGACGCCGGGGAAAGCGGUGCAUGUGGACCGGUCGGUGAAUCUGGGGGACCUGUUUGAGAGGCAGGUCAGGAUGAAGGAGACGAUCCGGGGGUUUCUGGAUGAUGCGGAGCUGUUGCCGAAGGAGGUUAUACUCAUUGGCCGGAACUUGAAUAUCAUCCGGGCAAACAAUAAAUACCUCGGCUCCCCCGUCAACCGCAUCAACAUCAUGGCCCACUCCGCCGUCAAAUCCCUCGGCCCAGACUGGUCCAUCUGGUCCUCCCCAACCUCCCCCCCCGCAUCCCCAACCACCCUCCUGACCCCGCUCGCCGCCCGCCUCAACUACUACACCUUCCGCCUCACCCUCCUCCUCAGCACCCUCGCCUUCCACCUCUCGCGCGCCGUCCAGAAACUGAGAUACGUGUUGACGGGCGUCGCGGGCGGCGGGUUUGAGGACGUGCUGGACGGCGGGGUCAGGGAGGGGUUGGAGCGGUUGGGGAUCCGCGUGGACGAGGCCGUGUUCUCGGGGUAGGGGUGUUGCUGGCGAGGUGCGAGUAAUUGGGGGGUGGAGGCGAUGGUUGCGGAUGGGGGUUUGAUGCGUGUACAUAGACCCCCCUGUAGGAUUAUGCAUAGAUAACCCCUUUUUUGAACGCUAUAUGUAUGUACAUGUAGAUCAUAGACACGCUACAGGGUUUUUUUUGGGCGGAAUGGAUGUUCCUGUGGAAAUUACGCUUGGGAUUAGUGUUGUCAUCGUGCGGGGGCGGAAUGUACGUGGAAGCUGCGAGGAGGUUUGGAAAAGCCUGCCCACGGGUCCACCCCCGAUCCCGUUUGAGAAAUGGGGCCUGCGCCGGCUUUCGGUACGCUGCAGGAACAAUCGAUACGAAAGCGAACUCCUGCAGGAGACCGGGAGGGAACUGUAUUGUUCGCUUCAAACUGCCGGGGUGAACGGCGACGCGUGGAACAGCAA